AUGACAUCAUAUUCCUAUUGUUGCCUAGGUUCAUCUCGAGUUGACAAGGGAAAGGCUCGGGCGAGGACUCCUCCUACUACUCGUAGUUCUGCCAAGCGUACUGCCUUUAAGCCACCGGUGGUCAAGCAGAAGGAAACUUCUGUUCAACCCAAGCGUCGCGGUCGCCCUCGUAAGAAGUCUCCCGUUAUUUUCCAAGAGCCCAUCGUGUUCGACAAGAAGCGAUUUAAACGUGCCACCGCUAGAUUUGGGCUUAAAGAGCUCCCCGCGGUUCUUAAGGGUACACAAAUCCAUAUGCCCGAACCUUGCCUUCAGUGCUCCGCGCGCAAGGAUUCCGCUGUCAAGAACUGCACCUUUCGUGGGUGGGGAACUCCCUGCGGUCCUUGCGACGCGGCGCAUGUUUCUUCGUGGGCCGUCAGGGAUGUCAUCCGUAACCGGUUGGCUAUUCAUGCGCCUUCAGCUAUAUCUGCGCUGAUGGAGUCCAUCGAAGAAGACACGCUUCAUAUGUGCACCCUAUCCGCAGUCCUUGAGGCCAUUCGCCAUCGUCGCGACGCCAAUCUUCGAGAGUUCGCAAACGCCAUCGCGGACCUGUGUCUCACCGCCGAGCCUGGAACUCUUCUAGGCACUGUUUUCGAGACUCGCGAGGAGUUCGGCUCGUGGUACAGCUUCGUUCAAGACUUUGUAGAUACUCAGGGGGUCCCAGUGCCUGCGGGUUCAACGACGGCCGAUUUGGAGAGACUCGUCUCACUUUUUCAGCGAGACGAUUCUCCUCCCAUUGCUGGGCCUUCAUCUCUGACACCUCGUCAACGCCGCGUCCGCUCGCUGUCCCUUAUUCCUUCUAUCGCCGUUGCUUCGCCUGGUCUUCCACCUUCCGCCCAUUCUCAGGAGGAGGAGGAGGAGGUUAUCGACGAGCUUGUUGACGAGGAGUAG